UCAGCCAAAAUUUACUGUCAAAGUCAGAUUGUCAAGAGAAAAUCCAAAUAAAACUAAACAAUACAUAUUUAUAUUAUAUUAUUAAAAAAAUAAAUAAAUAACAAAUUCAGUCACCAUGGGCUUGUUCGGCAAAUCACCAGACAGAAAUCCUAAAGAAAUGGUAAACGAAUGGUCUCAUAAAUUAAGAAAAGAAGGCUAUAAUUUAGAUAGACAAAUACGAGCUAUUCAACGAGAAGAGGAGAAAAUAAAACGAUCUCUUAAGGAAGCUGCUUCCAAAAACGAUAAACAAGUGUGUACAAUAUUGGCGAAAGAAAUCAUAAGAUCAAGGAAAGCUGUUAGUAAAAUAUACACAAGUAAGGCACACCUAAAUUCUGUACAAAUGCAAAUGAAGAACCAAUUGGCAACAUUAAGAGUGGCUGGGUCCUUACAGAAAUCAACUGAGGUGAUGCAAGCAAUGCAAGCAUUACUCCGACUACCAGAGAUCGCUCACACCAUGCAGGAGCUGAGCAAAGAGAUGAUGAAGGCGGGCAUCAUUGAGGAGAUGCUGGACGAGACCAUGUCCAGUGUAGAAGAUGAAGAGGAAAUGGAGGAAGCUGCGCAGAGCGAAGUUGAUAAGGUGCUAUGGGAGCUCACACAAGGCAAGCUGGGCGAAGCACCAGCGCCCCCCACAGCCGUUGGAGCUCCGUCCACAAGCCAAGAGACACAGGAGCCUGAUGAGAGUGAAUUAGAUGAAAUGCAGUCACGGUUGCAAGCUUUGCGAUCUUAGAUUCUGAAUCGUCGAGUUAUGGAAACGCCUUUAAUACUGUUAUACUUAUAACUUACUAUAAGAGAGAAUGUUGUAUCGAGUCACGUUGUUGUGCGUUAAAUAUUUAUUUCGUACUCUAAUACACGUUGUGAAAUUACUUAAAUUUCAAUACUUGUUUAAAGAAAAUAGUGAAGUUUUUUCAGUAUUCUUAUGAUUGCUUGCUUACAUGUAUUAAAAAAAGUACUCCCUGUUUUAAUAUCUUUUACUGCAUCUAUUAGGUUCAGAUUACAAGCUAUUACGAAUUAA